CAUAAAAAUGCAAAAUCGUCCACAGGUUAGCAUUAAAAUACAUUAUUUCUUUAUUUUUUAUGUAGUCUUACCUGAUCUUACAAUAAAAAGAAUAACGUGUGUACUUCGCACUGUGUUUUUGUAUUACGACUUUAGGGGUAUUUAUUGGGACAAUUAGGACAAUGUUGUUUAUGCUGUUGCCAGGUGGUCUUUGAAUGAUCGAUGGUUCCGAUGGGAGCUUGUGCGGCUGGAUAGAUACUUCAUAAUUUGACAAAAUGGGUUGUGCAUCAUCAAAGUCAAGCAGCAGUUCAGGGCACAGGAACCGCAGGCCUAGCACCAGUAGUGAUAAAAGCAAAGACUGGAAAGAGGAAAAGGAAGAAGCUAAACCCUUAAAAGAGGACCGCAACAAUGAAGACGAAAAAAAGUUGCACAAUGGUGACAACACAACUGAUGACGACAAAACUUUUGAAUUGCCAAAACCCCCUACACCCAGACCAAAGCCACCUACUCCUGAACGUGUCCGAAGAUUAAGAGAAGAACGGGAAAACGAUGACAAAGCUUCUGAGGAAGAAAGAGCUGAGCCAUCACCACAACCACCAACGCCACCACCACCGGAACCAGAAAAAGAAAGAACAUCUCCCCAACCACCCCCAAGCCCAAAACCUGAACCUGUACCUGAACCCAAACCUGAAACUGAACAUAAACCUGAACCUGAACCUGAACCCAAGCCUGAAGCAGCUCCUGCACCAGAUCUGGCUCCUCCUGAAGAUGAUGAAGAAGAUGAUAUGGAAGAGGAUGAUACUCCAUUUGAUGAUGAUGGUGUUAGAGACAUAGAAGGUUACUCUAUGAAUGCAGUCGGACUUUUGGAUAAGACGGUUGAUUUCCGAACCAACAAUGUGGAAGAUGAGUCUGAGGUCAAACCAGUUGUAGCACCAGGCGCUUUGUACACGGAUGAGGAGUUUCCCCUUGAGAUAGCCAUUGUGCAGGACCAUUCAGGUGUUGAAUGGAAACGACCUGGGGAAUUUGUAGACAAUCCAAAGCUGUUCUCAGAUGGAGCAACCCGCUUUGACAUUGGGCAAGGAUCUGCAGGCACAUGUUGGUUCUUAUCAACUGUAGCCAACAUUGCUGGAAAUAAAUCCAUGAUAGAUCAGGUGAUUCCAGACUCGGCAUACUUAAUAGAAAAUCCUGCUGAAUAUGAUGGAACAUUCCAUGCUCGAUUCUUUCGAUUUGGCAAGUGGGAGGAUGUGUAUACUGACGACUUCCUGCCUGUCAUUUACGGAAAUGUCUUAUGGGGAGCAAAGUCAACUACAGAUGAACGUGAAAUGUGGGUUGCAUUAUUGGAGAAGGCCUUUGCAAGACUGUAUGGCUCCUAUGAUGCUGUGUAUGGAGGUCAGCCUGGUGAUGCAUACCUGCUGCUCACUGGUGGUAUCGGAGAACGGAUUGAUCUUGACAGUCACACUGACAAGGCUUCUGCCUUGUUCAAACGGAUCAAAAAUGCUCUAAACAGUGGCUGUCAAGUUGCAUGUGUUGUGCCUGAUGAGUAUGAUAAUCAUCAAGGCCUGGUGGGAGGUCACGCCUAUUCAUUGGUUGGAACAGCUGAGGUGGGCAGAACUAAACUGAUGCGUGUGCGAAAUCCAUGGGGUCAUGGCGAGUGGAAAGGAGCUUGGAGUGACGGGAGCUCUGAAUGGCUCAGUAUCCCAGACAACUCCAUUUCAGCCCCCAACAAAGAUGAUGGGGAAUUUUAUGUGUCCUUGCCAGACUUUAUGACCUACUUCUCCCAGACAACCAUUUGCUCUUUGACCCCAGAUUUUGACUGUGAUGGAACCUCAGACUCUCUCAACCAUGUUCUUGGCAUCUAUGGAGAAUGGAAGCAAGGAUGUACUGGAGGAUUUCAUAAACUUUUAAAGAAUCCUCGUUACUGCUUUGAAAUAAGUGAUGCAGGUAUGAUGGAGGAUGGAACUGUUCCUUUUGUUGCUCAAAUAAUUCAGCAGUCCCAGAAAAGGAAGGCUGACAAUAUUUCAGUCCGCUGUGAUAUUUUCAAGAUCCUUGGAGACAGAAUCAAACCAACUGGAAGAUGUAUUGCAAUGGAAAUUCAAGGCCAGAAAACUAAUGUGUAUGCUCCAGAGCUGCAGACCUCUUUCCGACACAAGCUCAAACCCGGUCGCUACAUGCUGGUCCCAUCUACCUUAGAUGAAGGUUUGGAAAAGGCAUUCUUGCUCCGUGCCUUCAGUUCAGCACCACUUUUGAACAUCAAGGAAAUCACGCCGGAUGUGAAUCUUGUGUCUUGUGAAAAUGAGGAGACUCUGGAAAUUAACGGCAGAGUUGAAAAACUUAGCUUUGACAAAACCUUGUUUGGAGAGUUUAUCGCGGGUCAGAAUGCCGGAGGUCAAGUGUCACAUAGAGACAGCUACCACCUCAAUCCUCAGUACCUCAUCAACAUCCCUGACAAAGGUCGAGAUGUACCUCUGGUUGUGCACAUUAUGCAAGUCCAAGAAGAGCCCCAGUACCCUGUGGGCAUCAGGCUGUUCAAUCUUGGCUCAGGAGCCAAACCUCCCCUGGACAUCAACUACUUGUAUGACCACUACAACGACAGCCCCAACCACCUGGAAGGCAGUCAGGCCAAGUUUAUGAUCUCCUGGGAUGUUGAUGUUCGGUACAUGCUCCCUCCGGGAAAGUACGUGGCAGUGGUCCAUAUGGAUGAACCAAACACCCAGAAAGAAUUUUCCAUUGUCUUCAAAUCCAACACUCAAAUCAGGAUCAAGGGCUAUCAGACUGGAUAAAUCCAUGACUGACAAGUUGUUCCAAGUCAUCUUUCAGAAAAGAUAUGGAUUGAAAAUUACUCUAUAAAGUCUUGUAUGAAUAUGUUGGGUUUUUUUCAAUAUUUGUUAGUGCUAUACGCACAGGAACACUGUGAUACACAUAUAUAUUUUUAUGGCAUGUUGAGUCUUAUUUGACUGUCUGUGAUAUUCAAAAAGUACAUUCCCUCAUUUUGACCAACUGCUUAACUCUUUUCAUUUUGUUUCAAAAUAAAGGGUACCAUUCUCAAACAUGUACAGCUUUUUUUUUGUAUUGUGCCCAAGAUAUUUCAUCCUGCUUUACUCGUAUGUUGGUUCAUUUUUUGUUUUAUACAAUCCUCAAAGCUCUGAACAUUUUGCUAGAUACUAAUGCAACCCUAUACUGUCAUAGUAUGCGGCAGUGUUUGCUAUCAUAUCCUCAUUGAAAACAAAAGAGUGACAGGAAUAGAACAAUAUUAUACUGUAAUUAGGUUCUGUCUGGUAAUAGGAACCAGCUGGAAGGUAUGUGUACUUUGUUCAAAACUUACCUGUUUUAAUUUUUUUAACGCAUUGUGAAGGCCACUUGAAUGCAUCAAAUCACAAACACCUGUCAGGCCUGAAAUCGAAGCAUCUUUUUUUAUGCAGAUGUAUCUUUGUACAUGGAAAAAUGAAUAGCUGCACAUAUUGUGUGUCCUUUCUGUUUGUUAAAAGGGGUGUUCAAAAUGCUUUUCCAAACAGAAAAAUGUUUGUUAAGUUUAUGUUAGAUCUAACGGCUUUCAAACAAAUUUUACGAUAGCAAAUUCAUUUUCUUCUUUUAUGGAUACUUUUGAAUGCAGUAGACAGGAAAUAAUUUUUUAAUCACAUCUAUUUUGAAUUUUUCGUAGAAUUAGCUAAUUUUUUAUUUAUUUUUUUCCCCUUUAAAAAAUGAUGUAAAUGUUGGUUUCAAAGACCUAAGAUAAUCUGGUCACUUAAAUUUGUAAAAAAUGGAAAAUGUUUGUCUUAUCCUAAUAUCUACAAAUUCUUUUUUUCAUCCACAUUCUGGUCUGUGGAGUUAUGUUUGGGUCACUUUUUAUUAUCAGCAUUAAUCUCUACACAGCUAUCUUCCACUAGUGAAGAGCUACUGCAUGCAUAGCAAGAGGUCCUCUUGUAAGAAUGUGCAACUAGACUAACUGAUUCAGCCCGCAGCGCCUCUAACAGCGGCUGACUGUCUCCUGUGUUUUGACGCAGAGCCGCUCUUAUAUAUUGCUCCCUUUUCUUAGCAUUGCUUUCUUCUCGUCUUUUUUUCUGAACAUUUCUAUGUGCCACACAUAAGGUUUUAUCAAAUUUAGAUAUUUCUUUAUUAAUUUUUUCUGAGACCACCCGUGAGGUCACGAAGCGAUCACAUUACAUUAUUUGCAUCUGAAGUCAAAGUCAAAAUGAUCUGCGGGCCGAGUCAGUUAAGACUCUAAGUAAGGGGGGAAAAAUUGUUUUUUCUCUCAGUGUAUAAGAUCUAGCAUUUUAAGUCUCUUGUUCACCCAUUUUUAAGUAGGUCCCUACCCUGUAUUGCAUAACUUGUCUUUUUAUACACUAUAUGAAACAUACUUUGUUGAGCAUAAAUAUGUUGUAAAUUACUUUUUAAUUCUAUUUCUAUACCGUGACCUGUGAUAACCUAUAGUCUUUUUUCUGGCUUUUUAAAAAAACCAUCACUGUCUUAUUGAACUUAACACUUUAAAUGUAGAUAUACCGUUGUACAGCUUUUCUUUUCUAUUCGAUUUCUUCAAACAGGGUUGACAAGUUUGUCAAAAGUCAGUUUAUGCCUUAAUUUUUCUGUGAAUCUUGACAUUUGUAUAUUUUUCAGAUCUUAUUCUAUUUAAUUUCAAAGUACUGUGAAAGUGCUCAGGUCACCAAAUCAGUGAAAUUCAUGACUACAAAAUUUUUACUGAAUAGGAAGAAAAAUAUGAAAAAAACCUGUGAUGUGAAAGGGCAUCGUCGAAAUAAAGUUGAAAUGGCGUGUCAAAAUGAUGUAAACAUUUACUGUCCUAGUUGCUACAUAUUUUCAUGUAAUAAACAUAGUCUACAUGUGAGCAACACUGGGUUCAGGACGAAGAGACUUCAAGUACUCAUCUGAAAAGAGAACUUAUUCUCUGCCCUAUGACAUCAAAGCACGAGUGCAUACUGGCUUCUAUCAGCACUGAACAUAAUUUCUUGAUUCUUGAAAGUUUGUGUAACCGUUAAAUGUAAUAAUGUCAAUCCAGUAGCAAAAUCGCAUGUAUUGGUAAUCAUAACUAUUUGAAGUAUAUGACAAAGAUAUGAUGUCAGUUGCUAUUUCCUCUUUCUCGUAUCUUUAAGGCAGAGGAAGGAAUAAGGGAAAUGGGAGUAGCAUAUACUCUGUUCUUUGUAUUUGAAUUUGGUCUCAAAUAUAAUACUUUUUAAAAUCUACUCUAAUGUCCUAUUAUAUUAUUAUGUGCACCUUUCUUUUGUAUAUUUGCAUUUAUAUCAAACUAAUUAAAUUGUUGAUAUUAGCUCCCCUUUCACCAGUGCAAUUUGCCCUUUACUUCGCCAUACAUCAGGUCUCAACAUUUUGUAGAAGCUCUGGAAAGAGUGAAGUAGUGCAAACUUGUCAAUACCUGCGGGGGAAUUCAUAUAUGACUUGAUGAAAUUGUGACUGUAAGUUAUCCAGCCAAGAAUUGAGCCUUUGUGGUUAGUACUUAUAUUCUCUCCAGCCAAAGGCAGGCCGUAACUGACAAUAGAAACACCAUAGAGAAAUAAUUGAAAACUUGUAAACCCAAGCAAUAAGGCAUGCAUGUCAUGGGGUAGUUUUUGAGGACUUUGGUUACACAUAAACAAACUAAGAUAAUUUUUAUACUUUUAAGUUAAAUGUAUUUGAAAAUACCUUUUUGGUCUGAUGUAUUGACUUGUCUACCUCUCUCAAACAUAGCAUUUGAUACCCCAAAUAUUUCAAUAAUGUAACAAGGUUGAGUGACCUGCACUUUAUAUAAAAUAUUGUACACGUAUAUAUAUAUUAUAUUGUUACUUACAUUGUCUACAGCACAGGACUGAAAAGAAUGUCUGCAACCUGUUCAGGAGUUUUGAUGGAAUUUUAACCCUGAGUAAUGAUUAGAUGUAUAUUUUUAACAAGGUUUCUGGUUUGCCAUAAAGAAAAAAAAAAGUGCAAUCUGAAUGAUGGCUGUGAACAUUCUGUCAGCAGAUUAUUUUUUGACUUAGAACAGGUGUGGUUUUCAUUUUCAAUAUCCUCACGCACUUUACCCUUGUUUUAAGUUUUAUUUAUCUCAUUAGAGUCUGUCUGUCUUUUUUGGUUUGAAUAUUUUGUACUGUUCUUUUUCUUGUUUUUACAUUUCAGUUGCAAUUUCUACCACAGUACUGUUAUAACGUCUGGCUCCCUGUUCAUAUCACUUUUAUAUUUGACUUUAUUUGCUCCAAGAAGACAUUUCUUGAUUUACUGUUACAAAUCCACUGUUGAUGCUCACUGAUACCGAAAAUGUAUUAUAUACUGUGUUUAUGUAUACAGAUUUUUUUUACUCUACACUGCUGAUUUCUCCCUUCCCCCAAGUAAGUGGUUUAUUUAUACAUGCCCUUAUAAUGGUUUUUUGUGUGCAUUUUCAAUUAAAAUUGUGUCUCAAUCUUUAAGUACCAAGAAAAUUGCUUUUGCUUUUCAAAAGUAUUGAUACUGCUGUAGUGAAGAAAAAGAGCAAAAGACAUUCUGUACAUUAAAAGACAGAAAGUUACAUUCUUCUUUUUUGAUUUUUUAACAGACCAAAUACUUCCUUUUUUUCAGUAGACACAUGAAAUAAUUACUUUGCACUAUAUUUAGUUUUUUCUGUCAGUUUUUCUGAGAAGUGAUCGGAUUUUAUUUUAAAAUAGUAUGUAGAUGAGUUUUUUAAUAUGAAUCAAGGAUAUUGAUAAAUGUCAAAAUGAAGUGCAAAGACAUGUGCAAACUUUAUUCAGUAUGCUACAUCAUGACAAACACGACUUAUUGUUAACAUCAGUGAUUCCAGAUUAAUCUGGAGGACUUCAGAGUUUGACAUGUGAUUUUACUAUAAACAUGACUGUGUGAUACAUUUUUGAGUCUUCUUUUAGAACAAGCAGCAAUAUAAGCAAUAAACAUUCUCUGAAUGCUCACCAGUUUUGGUUUCACUUUAUCUUCAAAUAAAAAUCAACUUCAAAAUCAAAUUUUGAACAUUUGCAAUGCAUGGUCACCAGAGCAGCCUCUAUCCCUUUUCUUUAAAUGAACUUGAAUAUCAACAGGUAAUGACAGUAAUUACAUUCCUGAGUGGAUAUCGAAACCAGUAUUAUUCAAAAUUUCAGAGCGUUGUGAUUACCGCUAUUGCAUGGAGGGGCUUUCUCCUCCAUAAAACCUGCACUCACUUGCUUUGCAUCGAGCUCUGUCUUACUUUUGUAUGUGUCACCCUGUGAAAAAGUCGUCACAAUCUUUAAGUACUAAGAACAUUGCUUUUGCUUUUUAGAAGUAUUGAUAAUGCUGUGGUGAAGACAAAGAGCAAACGCAAAGUCCUCACAAAAGACAUUGUCCAUUGAAAGAUAAAAAGUUGUGUUCUUCAUUUUAUUCAAUUCAAUCCUUUGUUUUUUUAACAGACCAAAUACUUACUUGUUGUUUUUUUUAGUAGAAGCCUGAAAUAAUUACUUUGCCCUAUAUUUUUACUAUUUGCUUACACUGUUUUUCUGAGAAGUGAAUGGAUUUUAUUCAAAAAUUAGGAUAGUAUGCAGUUGGGUUAAGAUAUGAAUCAGGGAUAUUUAGAAAUGUCAAAAUGAUGCACAUUUUUGGUAAAGUUUUAUUUUGACACAUUCAGAAGAAUAUUGGACUGCAAAGACUUACAUUGUGCAAACUUUACUCAGCAUGCAACAUCACGACAAACAGAUUUAUUGUUAACAUCAGUGAUUCCAGAAGUUCCAUAUUUAGUCUGGAAGACUUAAGAGUUUGACAUGUGAUUUUACUCUAAACAUGACUGUGUGAUACAUUUUUGAGUCUUCUUUUAGAACCAGCAGCAAUAUAAGCAAUAAACAUUCUCUGAAAGCUCA